UGUUCGACUUUCAAUCCAUCCCUAGGUAUACAGGUCCUAGUAAACAGCCUGACUUAGGGGAACCUCGGAGGUGUCCUAAUUCGGAAGCUAGGAGCUUAGACCACCUCAACACCGAAAACUCAUCCGCAAUCUCAAAGACCUCCAAUGUCGCUCUAUUACGAGGCUGCUGCGGUACUCACCAACGCCGAAAAGGUAGGCGGUUCCUUGAAGUCCAGGAUCUACAAGCGAACAGAUUUAAAGAGCUCGCCCGCCCAGCUCUUCGCUUUAAUCAGCGAGGCAUCGAAAUGGUCAAUCGUUCUCAAGGAUGUCAUCGAGAGAUGUAGGCUCCUGGGUGAAGAAAGAAAGCUCACUCCGCUUCUCGCGCUUCUCCUCACCCAUGACUUACUGCUUUCAAAAAAUGGCGUUGCUGCUCCCGCAAACCACUUUUUGAAGCUUGCCAUCUCCAGGCACAAAGCCCGUCUUAGUGCUGAAUUCACAAAGGUCCGCAUCAAAGGCGGUUAUGUCACACUGGAAGCAUUCAAGGAGGCCAUCGUCGCCGGAGUCUUCAACCCGGGACAGGAGGAUUUACCCAAGAAAGUCCGGCAUCCGCGAUGGGUCCGUAUCAACACGGUUAAUACCACAUGUGCAGAGCAACUUUCGACAACCUUCGCCGGAUAUGCGAGGGCGAGCAAGCUGGCCGCCGUACUAUCAGCAUCCGGCUCAGCGAGGAUAUAUUUUCAAGACCCAAAUAUUCCCAAUCUGCUCGCUUUUCCACCAGAUAUCGAUCUAAGCACGUCACCCGCAUAUAUCAAGGGUAACAUCAUCUUCCAAGAUAAGGCGUCUUGCUUCCCUGCAUACCUACUGAACGUUACGCCCGAGGACGGAGACGUAAUCGAUGGGUGCGCAGCACCGGGUAACAAGACUACACAUCUGGCAGCGAUCAUCUCCGAUCAAGAUGGGCCAGCUCGAGGCCAGACGGUGAUUGCUUUCGAGAGGGACAAAGUCAGAACGGGCACACUGCAGAAGAUGGUUAAACUCGCGUCUGCGGAUCGAAUCGUGUUAGUUAAAGGUGGAGCCGACUUUCUGGUCGCUAGCCCAGAUUCUGAGGAGUUUUCGAAAGUUGGCGCGAUUCUCCUUGACCCGAGUUGCUCCGGGAGUGGCAUUGUCGGCCGUGAUGACACUAUGCGAAUGCGUUUGCCGGACCCGUCGUCAGGUACCAAGACUAUCUCUCACACCAGCAAAGGCAAGAAGCGGAAGCGGGACAAAGAUACGAAUGGAGUCUCCGAGCGCAACACCACUCUUGAUCUUGACUUGGACGACUCUGCCGCCGAAGAGACUCCUGUCAAAGGAAAGCUCGCUGAGCGACUCACUGCGCUCUCGGCCUUUCAACUCCGUAUUCUGACGCAUGCCAUGCGCUUCCCCAAAGCGCGCAAGAUCACAUACUCAACAUGCUCGGUUCACUUCAAAGAGAAUGAAGGUGUCGUGUUCCGCGCGCUGGCUUCGCAGGUUGCGAAAGAGCGAGGCUGGGCGAUCUUGAAGCGAGAGCAUCAAGUGGACGGUUUGAAGAGAUGGGAGAGACGAGGUAUUUGGGAUUCCACCGCUUUUGGAGAAGACUCUCUGCUGGCUCAGGAGCAAAAGGCAGAGGUCUGCGAAGCAUGUAUACGUUGCGAAAAGGGCACUGCGGAUGGCACGAUGGGCUUCUUCGUUGCUGCAUUUGUUCGAGAUGAUGGUUCUGAUCAAACCGCGCCCGUUUCCAACGGAAAUAGCGACGGAGAGGAUGAGGACGAAUGGAAAGGCUUCAGUGAUGAGGAUGACCGCGCUGCAAAUACUAAAUCACGAGAAGCGAUGCGGAGAGGAUCCAGGCGUUCCAAAAAGAAGAGGAGGAAGAACGCUCAGGGCAAAUGAUUGGCAAUAUAUGGAUAUUCAGCUGAAUAUCCAUGCUCUAAUUCGCCGUUCCCAAACCCUGCUAUACAUGCGAUAAGUUCUUUCUCUUUCAUUCUCCCU